ACGGUUCGCGCCGCAAGUAAAGUUGAGAGUUCUGAGAGUGGUGUGGUUUAGUGGAUGUAUUUGAUUUUCGGUAGUUUAAUAGCACGACCAUGGACAACAAAGGUUUUGAAUCAGAUAACAUCCCCGCAGAGCUCAACAAGAGUUGGCACAUCCCCAGACCCACACUAGCCAGAAGCUCAAAGAGUUCAGAAGGUUCGACGACCAGUAAUAAUAGCACACAAAGCGCAAGGUCCGGUUCUUUGCUACUGACAGCAGCUAAUUUAGCCCAAAUAGAAAGCCAAGACUCAACUGAAGACAGAAACCUGACUAGACAUCAAAAUAUCCAGUAUUACUUGCAACAAACCAAUAACAAUGAUCAUUUAUCACUGCCAGCGAGCGACUUGAAAAAACCUGACCCAGAUGCUGUCUCAGUAGCUAGUUCAAUGCAUUUUACUGUAGUCAAUAUGAAUACGAGACCCGUCGUUAGACAAAGAAGUUUUUGUAGGAAGCAUCAAUUAACUAUAUUAGUUUUGACGAUGUCCGCCUUGUUCAUGAUAGGCAUAAUGGCUGCGAUAUUCCUCUUAGAAAUGAGAGCCAAAAGACUAAAAUGAAGAAAAGACGACAAGCAUGGGCAUUCUAGACUUACGAGGCUAAAAUCUCUCCAUUGUAGUCUCUCUCUCUCAAUUCUAAACCCAAAAGGAAUGUCAAUUAUGCGAGUAGGAUCAUUAGUUGAUAUUUAAUUUUUAUUUAAAGACGUAAUUUAAGUUAUAGCAGUUUUACCAACUGGACCAAAUUGUGGUUGUUUUAAAUCAUAAGUUACGCAUUAGUAGAUCUAUUUUGAUGUUACUGUGAUAUCUAGAAACAAUCAUUACCACUAUGUAUAGUAUUUAUAUUUUAACUUUCAGGCAGGUCCUGCGCCUCCUUGGAAACUUGUAAAUUGAUUUUUAAAUUAUCAAUAAAAAACCACCCAAAACA